ACCCAUGUGCAAAUGUAAAGUUCUUCCCUCUUUUGCCUUUACAGCUUUUACUCCCUUUUCCUUGGAUAGAAUCAUUUGAUAGCUCGAAGGCCAGGAAGCCAUCAUCUCAACUACUGCAGCUCUGUACCAAAGUGUUCCUGGAAAGGGAAGUCAAAAGGGAAAGUCAUCCUUCGCCGUAUUUGAUUCUGUUGAGAUAUAUAUAGUAAUUUACAUGUGCUUUCUGUUUCUGCACACACCGAAAGGCACUGUGAUGGAUGAUUACUUUUUGGGUUCCUGACACUAAUCACUUGGAUUCUGCACUUCACAGAGCAAAGCUUGGCUUGUCAGAUUGUAGGGUUGACUCAUCUAAUCCUUAUACCUAAAGGAGAUUAGUCAAAGUUUAUGUUCAACUCUGUUAUGCUGCCACCUUCAUCAAAAGUCUUAAGUAGCAGCUGCUAGCUGCUAGACCACAAGUAAUCUUCAAUGAGAUACUUGUGAAACCAGAGACUAGUAACUGUAGGAACAUCACAGUACUUGAAAUGUGUCAAUGCAAUUUGCCAACAAGUUAGUUUAGAUCAAAAGAUGAAUGACUGCUAACAACAGAUUAAACUGAUGUUUUAAGAACCAGCUGAGCCAAAUGCAUAAUCAAAUUCAUUGAGCACAUUUUCUCUUGCUAUCCAAAUUAUCAUGUGAGAACACCUCCAUAGAAUCAUAGGUCUCUCUCUCUCUCUCUCUCUCUCUCUCUCUCUAUGUGAUGAACGUAAUUGAGGAAUCAAAAAUUUGAGUUACUUGUGAAUAUAUCCCACUUUCUUCCUUGUCGGUGGAGUGCACAAACAACCAAAAUCUUGCAAACUAUUCAAUAUCCAGGAGCCAAACACCAAAGUUCUGCGGCUCUUAGCCCACACUGCUUGCUCUUGUUUCCAUCCCCAAGUACCAGAAAAGAAAUGAGCAAAUGCAAUCACAUACCACCCAUGCAUGGAUGUUUUUGGAUAUCUUUUGAAUACUCUCUGUGUUGUCCUUAUCAUGUUCAUGUUGGGACCUGAAAUUGAAAAAGUGCACACAUCGAGUAUGGGUAUUUCUACUGUCAUUUUAGGUCUCCAGGGAACCACAUAGUUUGCCAUCCAAAACAGAGGGGUGAAUGGUGGGGAGACUUGAAGGAUUGGAGAUGGUGGCCUGAAGAAUUUGAAGUGGGUAAAACUAAAAAUGAUAUCUUUUUUUUUGCUUCUCUGAACCAAGAGGAAUGGCGUGAUGGUACCCAUCAUUUUUCUCUGUAAUUUUGCCCACCUGUGGUUCCCUCCAUGCUUGACAUUGGAGCUCGGUCCCAUCAUUAGGAUUCCAGAGACAGAGCAAGCGAUGUGGAGAAAAGGAAGGGUGGGGUGGCGGUAGAAGCAAAGAGACGAGAAAUGGUUAGUGCGAUGGAUUCUCCUUUUGCUUCCUAACCGUCCUUCGUUUUCGGAUCGAAAGGUUUUGCUUCGCAAGUUGAUGAUUCCUUGUUUUCUGGAGGAAGAAACCCCUUUUAGGUUCUCAAGUAUGAAUCUUUCUUACAGAAAAUGAAGAGCAGAUGAAGGAAAGAUUGGAUCUUUAGGUCGUUCUUAGAGAAAUCGGGUUCAAGUUUUAAUCUUUUCCUUUCAUCGUACAUAUUCAAGUUCAUCUUUGCAAAUAGCUUAGACUAAAUUCUUUUUUCUUACUGAAAACAGAUGCUUUGAUUUUUCUGACAUAGAUUGAUGUUUUUUCUCUGUUGUUGCAAGUAGAAGUGUCCACCCAUCUCUGCAAUUCCACUGGCUCUUGUAGAACUUUCACUCUCCUGAAAUGCCACUGAGUUGUAACUUUGCAUCUAAAGUUUGAACUUCUCGUCCUGAAAAAGCUCUAUUGUGUGCAGACUCCAUGAUGCCCUCUUGAAUGAAUUCUCAUUGUGAAGUUAUCGAGCAACAGGCAAAGAAAUAUGACUGAUUUUAGAGUCAGAAAGCUUGGGCAAGGUCAGAUGAAAGCCAGAAAUGUUCCCAUCGCUGUAACUCCUGAAGGGUUUUGGUGUUGCCCCUCUCCUGCAGUUCUACAAAAGACCAUUAAAAAUCAAAAUCACCAAAACAAGAAAAAGAUACUGUCUACAAUGCCGUCAAAGGCAUCUUCUGUUCAGAGGCCAAUGAGUUCCCCAGUAGACAAAGGAACACUUUCUGAUCCAUUAAGUUCAAGAGUUUGUUCCGAGGAUAAUAGUUGUCUUACCUCUGAUACUGCUGCUAAAAGUCCAACAAAGGCAGCUGAGAGUCUCUCAAAAUUAAAUGUUGGGAAUCAACACCAAAAAAUUUCUGUGGGCUUUGGUCAGCCUGAGACCAGUGAUUUGAAGAUUAUUUUGUUUGGGAAAGAGGGAAUUGCCGUCGAGAUGAGCGUUCACAAGGCCAUUCUCACAGAACACGGUAGCUUCUUUGCAGAAAAAUUCUCUAGGCAAUCUCCGGUACCAUUUUUUGAAAUUUCUGACUGUGAAGAUGUGGAAAUUUAUGUUGAAACUGUGGGGUUAAUGUACUGUGGUGAAGUAAAACACAGAGUAAUCAAGCAAAGUGUUUCACGUGUGCUCCGCAUUCUAAAGGUUGCUGAAUCGCUUGGCUUCCAUGCAUGCAUUAAGGCAUGCUUGGAUUACCUGGAGGUAGUCCCAUGGGUUGGUGAAGAAGGAAAUGUGGUGUCAUCUGUCCAACAUCUUCAGAGCAAAAAUUAUAGCAUAAGUCCUAUAUUAAAGCGAGUAUUUUCUGAUACAUCGAAACCUCCAAAUGAUACUCUUGCUCAUAUAAUGGAGCUAGUCCUCAGAAGCAACGAGGAGAGAGGUCGACGUGAGAUGAAAUCAUUAGUGCUCAAACUUCUCAAGGAAAACAGUUUCUGGACUGAUGGAUCCGUAGACAUAUGCAUCGGAACUUUGUAUAGUUUAUGCCAAAGCUGCUUAGCCUCGUUGAUAGAGCUCUUUAGACAAGCAUCCAAGUCUACUCGUAUCGAAAGCAAGGAUCCUACAGUGAGGAAGAUAGCUCUCGAGGCAGAAAAUCUUCUUUGGUUGGUCGAGAUUUUGGCUGUCAGGCAUACUGCAGAUGAAUUUGCCUUGAUGUGGGCUAGUCAAAAUGAGCUUGCUCAGCUGCACUCAAAGCUUCCAGUCAUGUCGAGGCACCGAGUUAGCUGCAUUACUGCCAGGCUUUUUGUUGGUAUUGGAAGAGGAGAGAUGCUUCCAUCGAAGGAAACUCGGCAGCUGCUAUUGCAUGUAUGGUUGCAGCCACUGGUUGAUGACUACAGUUGGUUACAACAUGGUUGCAGACAAUUCGACCGCAAGGUUGUUGAGGAAGGAAUAGGCCAAACUAUUUUGACACUUCCUUUAGAAGACCAGCAAAGUGUUCUGCUGUCAUGGCUGGAGAGCUUCUUGAAGGUUGGUAGUAACUGCCCUAAUCUGCAGAGAGCCUUUGAGGUAUGGUGGAGGAGAACUUUCAUAAGGCCUUACUUUGAGCAACAUGGAAACAAUCUAAAAAUGGACAGAAAUUGAGUAGUUAGGUUGCCCUGUAUUAGCUGAGUGGUUUAUGAUGAGUUGCGAAAGGAGUGUACAUUGGUUUGAAGAUGCAUUCAUUCUUGAAAGUUAGCAUCAUGGUGAUGGCGGCUUAUAGACUGGAAAUUUUGAGCUACUAAUCUUGUGGCAGACCUGAUUGGCCCUUUAGUAGCAUCUCAGGAUUGAGUUUAAGCUUGCAGGUUUUGAUCUGUUGAAGGCAUGGCUGGAAGUGCAUAAAGGAGGUGCAAUAUCCUGAUUGGUUGAUCAUCUUUCCCUCUCUUUAUGGAUGAGAACUGAAAUCAAAUCUUUACUAAUAGAACAAACACAUGAAUUCAGAAUUCCAUAUGUGGAGUACACUGAACUUGACAUUCCUGAGACAAAAGUUUGUAAUGAUACUAAGUAGAAACUAUAUAUUUUCAUCUUUUGUUGGCUA